AGAUAAGAAGACGCAGAGGCUGAAGGCACUAUCAAGGCCUUAUCCUCCUCUCCCAAACCAGUAGAGAGAGAGAGAGAGAGAGAGAGAGAGAGAGAGAGAGAGAGAGAGAGAGAAGAAUGGGUUGGGGAGGAGGCGCGGAGGACAGCGGGGAAGGGGUAAUGGCGACGGAUUUCUUCUGGUCGUACACGGACGAGCCGCACGCCUCGCGCCGAAAGGAGAUCCUCGCACGGUACCCUCAGAUCAGGGAGCUCUUCGGCCCCGACCCAUGGGCGUUCCUCAAGAUAACUGCAGCUGUUGUGCUUCAGCUAUGGACUGCAACCUAUCUUCAUGACGCGAGCUGGCUGAGGAUACUAACAGUCGCAUACUUCUUUGGCUCCUUCCUCAACCACAACCUCUUUCUCGCCAUCCACGAGCUCAGCCACAACCUCGCCUUCUCAUCCCCGUCCUACAACCGAUGGUUGGGGAUCUUCGCCAACCUCCCAAUCGGUGUCCCCAUGUCGAUCACAUUCCAAAAGUACCACCUGGAGCACCACCGGUACCAAGGCGUCGACGGCAUCGACAUGGACAUUCCUAGCCAUGUCGAGGCUCUGGCCGUCACCAACGCCGUAACCAAGUCCAUUUGGGUCCUCUUCCAGCUGUUCUUCUACGCCCUGCGACCCGUCUUUCUCAAGCCCAAACCCCCUGGCUUAUGGGAAUUCACCAAUCUGAUGAUCCAGCUCGCGCUUGAUGUCUCUCUGGUCCAUUUCUGGGGAUGGAAAUCGUUCGCCUAUCUGAUACUCGCAACAUUUGUUGGAGGGGGUAUGCACCCAAUGGCCGGCCAUUUCAUCUCCGAGCACUAUGUGUUUAGGCCAGAGCAGGAGACUUACUCCUACUACGGUCCCCUAAAUAUGAUGACAUGGAGCGUGGGAUAUCACAAUGAGCACCAUGAUUUCCCGAGAAUCCCCGGUAGCAGGCUCUACAAGGUGAAAGCGAUUGCGCCGGAGUACUACGAGAGCUUGAAGUCGUACAGGUCUUGGAGUCAGGUGAUCUAUAUGUACAUCAUGGACUGCACGGUUGGACCCUUCAGCCGGAUGAAGAGAAGGGCAUCGAAGGAUGCUGCAACCACCAAGAAAGAAGAGUAGGGAUGCUUUCCACAACAACCACUGUUGCUUGAUUCAUUGCUUCUCUGUGGUGUUCCCUACCACCUGCUGUCUCUCCGAGUUUUUGGAUGCACGAUUGGGUCCUUCAGAUGGAAGGAACAUGUUUUACUCCAUUUAUCUGGCCUGUUAUGAAUAGAUCGACGGGAUGGAACUUUUCCACCUCUUAGCUGUUUCAUCAUUGUAGCAAGCAUGUCGCCAUGCAUUCCUGUGGUGGAUUACUGUUUGCAACAUUUUGCUAGA